AAAUAAUAAUAAUAAAACAAAGCUACAAGAAAUAAUAAGAUCCCACUCAAAGUCGCCGAGCAGAGCAGUCAGUGUAUCAGUCACUUGCAGUUUCUCACACCCCCCCCCCCCAAAAAAAAAAUCCAAAAAUAAAAAGUAAAAACCCUAAAUGGCUCGGAAACACCUGAUCGAAGAGCCUCCACCUGCCGUUUCGUCUUCCGAAGAAGAAGAAACCGAUGACAAAGAAGAAGAACCUCAAAACGGCACCGCCAAAACUCAGCAAAACGCUGCCGGUGAGAAAUCAAACGACGACGAAGAUAGAACUGAAGACGACGAAGAAGAAGAUGAUGAUGAAGAAGUGGAGAAAAAGAAACCCGACUUGCCUUCCAAACCUUCAAAGCCAAGCUCGGAGUCCGACUCGGACGCUGACUCAGAAGAUACUGAGUCAACUCAUCCACCGUCACCUUCUCUUUCUGGUUUCACUAUCAAGCCCAUCUCGCCGAAGCUCAAACCUGACCCAAAACCAGAUCAGCCCAAGAAGGAGAAGGACGUUGAUGACAAGAAAGCAAAGAAGGGAGCCGGACCUGAGACCGGAGGGUCUCAGCGUAUAUGGAGUGAUGAGGAUGAGAUUGUGAUAUUAAAAGGCAUGAUUGAGUUCCAAAAUGAAAAGGGGAAAAACUCUACUGCAGACACUGGUGAUUUUUAUGGAUUUGUGAAGGAAUCACUCUGUUUUAAUGCAUCCAAUAAUCAGUUUGUUAAUAAAAUUAGGAUGUUGAAGAAGAAGUAUUUUACUGAUGUGGAGAAGAAUGAGAGUGGGAAAUAUGAGACUUUUAAGAAACCGCAUGAUUUGGAGUGCGUAGAGCUUGCAAAAAAAAUAUGGGGUGCUGGUGCUAUUGUCGUGGGGAAUGAGAGUAAUGCUAGUAAAAACAGUGGGAAAAAUGUUAGUGGUGGUGGAGGAGGGAUUAUUCUGGCGUUGGCGAAAUUGGGGAGUGGGGAAGUGAAUGGGAAGGGAAAGGAGGCGAGUGUAAAGAGGGGGAAGAGGGGUUCGAGUGAGGAAGUGAGCGGAGAAGGAAAGCAAGGGAAUUUGAAGAAGAAAAAGCGGGUUUUGAGUGAGGAAGGCGAUGGGGGAGAGGAGGGGAAUGUGAAGAAGGGGAAGAGGGGUUUGAGUGAGGAAGUCAUUGGAGAAAGGAAGGGAAAGGGUGGAAAAAAGGAGAAGCAGGCUGCUAACAACGAGCUGAGUGGAGGAGAGGAUGCGAAUGUGAAGAAGCAAAAGAGGGUCGUGAAUGGAGAAUGGAAGGAAUCAAGUAUGAAGAAGCAAAAGGCAGUGGAAAAUGAGGAAGUGGAGGGAGGUGAGAAUUUGUGGGAUAAGUAUCCGUAUUUGCGUUCAUCGUUGCUGGCUGAAGAUUUGCCUGAGGAUGUGAAGGAGAGAGCAAUGAUGAUGCUGGGGAAGGUUCCAGAGGAAAAUUUGGUGGAGUUGGAAAGGGAGUGGAGGAGUUUGAUGAACGCUAAGUUGGAGUUUUUCAUGAUGGAAAAUGAUUUGAUUGCAAAACAGAUGAAGCUAGCUUUAGAUGCUUUAAAGUCUCAAGAUUAUUAGGAUGGUUAUAGCAUAGAAAGGAGAACCUAUUUUAGGGGGUGGACUAGUUUUGAUGGACCUUGAAAAUAUGUUUUAUUUUCUUUCUUUGGGUUAUAUAUGAUGGUUUAGAUGGAGAUGCAGAUUGGUCUUUUUGAUUCUUCAACAUGCAUGGUUUUCUUUUGUUAAGUUUCAAGGAACUUUGGUUUUUGAAGUCGGGCCCUGUUCUCUUUUCAGUUGAUAUCAAUAUAACAAUAGUCUUUCAGCUUGCAUUCCGUU